UCUCUCUCUUACUGUGUUGCCAUGACCGAUGAUGGGGCAGUCUCCUCUGCAGGGACCUCUUCCUCCUCUCCAUCCAGGCCACCCCAAACCCCCAGGAGGGCGAUGGAGGAGGUGUGGAAGGACAUCAGCCUCAGCAGCCUCAACCAAGACGUGCCUUCCGCUCCUCCCCCGUCGUCACUCCACUACCAUCACGCCUCCGCUCCCACCGCCGCCGCUUCCUCCUACGUCAGCGGGAUCACCCUGCAAGACCUCCUCUCCGGUGCCUUCACGGAGGCGGAUCUGAUCCCCCCUGCAUGCACCCGCCGCCCUGCCGCCCUCAGCCUCGGCUCCAGCCGUCUCGGCCCCAACUCCAACUUUAGCAACAGCGGGGGCUCCUCCUCCAGCGGCCGCGCCGGGAUCGUCAUGAUCAAGCACGACGGCUGCGGCAAUGUCGCCGACAGGCGGAAGAAGCGGAUGAUCAAGAACCGGGAGUCGGCCGCCCGGUCCAGGGCCAGGAAACAGGCUUACACAAAUGAGCUGGAGAAGGAAGUGAAGCAUCUCGUGGAAGAGAACAAGAAGCUGAAGCUGAAGCUGAAGCAGGUGGAGUUACGGAAGCAAACGAUGGCUGCUCAGCUUCCUGUGGCCAAGAAGCGGCAGCUCCGAAGAGCCUCAACAGCUCCAUUUUGAAGAAGACGAGAACAACAGCAGCAGCAGCAGAUUCCACCACCUCUUUCUCACUUCUUACAAGACAGUAAGUUGAGUUUGUCACAGGUUUUGCUUCUGCAGGGAUGGCAAGCUUCUCACAGAGGGACAUGGCAGUUUUCCAGUAUCUGGAUCUGUUCCUUCUGUUUAUAUCUCCCCCUCCGCAGAAAAAAGAAAUGUUGUCUGUCUCGUGGGCACAUCUCUCUCUCUCUCUCUCUCUCUCCCUCUGUGCAUAUACAUAUAUGGACAUAUCUUGCAUGUCUCCUCUUAUCACAAGGUUGUCUCCUGUUUGCUCUUUGGGCAGCAGCUAGAGUUUGAUGAUGGUUGUGUUUCUUGCCAAAGAUCAGCUUGUCUGCUUGUCGUGUUUUUUCGCUGUCACCCUCCCUCUCUUCCCUCCAGGAAACCCAUCUUUGCAACAAUUAACAGUGCAUCUUUGUUAAUCCUUAACUGAACAAGAGAAUCCACCAUCACUAGAUCAAGACAGCCACCUACUAGUCUCCUCUCCACCUCCUAAAUCUUUUUUCUCAAGGAAGCACCAACUGGUAGGCCAGCCUCUGUUGACAUGACACACGAGCAGUCUACAAGCAGCACUGCAUAACAUAACCAUCUGCUUAGAGAGAGACAGACAUAUCCAAACAGGAUUUAGUGAGGCGAAGUUUUCAGGGUUACUGCAUCAGAUGAUAAAACCGUACCACUGUCUGUGCCGUCUUUUCCAGCUCAACGAGAGAUCCAAUGGUGAUUCUCGGAGGAGCCACCGAGAGCCCACCACCUUGUCUCCAGCCUUUUGUCUUCGUCUCCUUUUGGUGCUGAAGACGUGCACCUCCUUUGUAUCAGUGAGCCUUUUUAUAUUCCUUUCUCGGAAACUGUACAUGAUCUAAAUAUCUCGGUCACCAAUGUACUAAAAAGCCCAGAAUUUUCCUGCUUUGAUUAAUAUCACAUCACUGAUGAUGUCUGAACCACCACACUCGAGUUCUCCUGGUCUUCUUUCUUACCUGCGAAGGAAGAAGGACCAACCUAGGAAGAUUCUCCAAACGAAAAAUCAUAUAAA